UUUCCGAGGGGCUGACAUAUAUAAAUGAGCCGGUUGCUGCAGUGCCCCGUCUAGGAUCUUCAGCCAGGACACUGGCGCAGACACACACAGCGCCGGUCUCCCUCCAGCACCUCGCCGAUCUCCCGAAACCAGGGCCAGACUAAAGCUCUGCCCUUCCCCGCACCCCACCAGCACCAUGAGCCCGAGACUUCUCGCCGUCCUGCUGCUGGCCGUGCCAGCUAUCUCCCUUCCUGUGACAAAUGAAAUGAAUAAAGGGGACACUAAGGUGAUGAAGUGCAUCGUGGAGGUCAUCUCUGAUACUUUAUCAAAGCCAAACCCACUGCCGAUCAGUGAGGAAUGCCUAGAGACGCUCAGAGGAGAUGAACGAAUCAUUUCUAUCCUUCGCCACCAAAAUUUACUGAAGGAACUUCAGGAAAUUGCGGCUCAAGGUGCCAAUGAGAGAACUCAGCAGCAAAAGAAAAACAGUGGCUUUGAAGAUGAACUUUCUGAAGUCCUUGAAAGUCAGAAUGAUGAGAACAAGCAAAGAGAUGUGGCACAACAGCACCCUGAGGAGGAGCAGCCCACAGCAUCUCUGGCUGAGCUGGCAGCACAGAAAACCCAGCAAAAGGAAGAUGUGAGAGAGGAAGGAAAAAAUAGCCUGGAGGUAGGGGAAUCUAGGCUGCAAGAUGCCAGCAGUGAGAAGGAUGACCAGGAUGAAGCAGACAGCAACGAGAUCAAGGAUGCAGAAGAUGCACAGGGAGAAGCAGCUUUGGGCAACCAUGCUGACAAAGAUCUGGGUGAGAAUGAGCAACAGCAGCGAGGGGAAGGAGAGGAGCAGCGCAGAGGCCCCAGGAACAGCCUGGAGCUCGAGGAGGAGGGAGAGCAGCCAUCCAGGCAGGGCCAGAGGCAGAGCAAGGAGGAGGCAGCAGAGGAGCGCGUGGAACAGGAGGACGAUGGAGAAGAUGCUCCUGGAGAGGAGGACCCUACUGAAGCAGAGAGAUUACUCGAUUUGGCUGAGGAGGAUGGGGAGGCUGAGGAGAUGCAGGAAGAUGAUGGUAAUGAUGAUGCUCUGGGAUUUGGCAAAGAUGAGCAGAGCUCUGAGGAGGAGGAGGAGCAGCCACAUGUACUGAGACGAGGAAGGCAUCGCCUGGAGGAUGAGGGAAUGCAGGCAGAGGAGGACACCUUCCAGUCCAGGGAUGCCAAAAGUGAGGAAAUGGAGGAUGAGUCCUCCAGGGAGUGGGAAGACUCCAAGAGAUGGAACAAAAUGGAUGAGCUGGCCAAGCAGCUGACAUCAAAGAAGCGCAUGGAGGAAAAUGAUAGUGGAGAAGACCCAGACAGGUCCAUGAAAAUGGCAUUCAGGUCCCACAAGUAUGACUUCAGUAGCCCAGAGGAAGAUGUGAGAAGAUCAUGGAAGCAUCACUCGAAGGAGGACAGCAGUGAAGGAUUUCCGCUUGCUCCUAUGCCUGAAGAAAAGAAGGAUGAGGAAGGCAGUGCUAACAGGAGAACAGAGGACCAGGAGCUGGAGAGCCUUGCCGCCAUCGAGGCCGAGCUGGAACACGUGGCCCACAAGCUGCACGAGCUGAGGCGGGGCUGAGGGCUGGCCGCAGCCUCUCUCCGCCGUGGUCUCCAUUCCUGAGAGUACGAUGGUCUCCAUGCCGAGUACGAUGAGCAGAAGCACCGCGCCUUGGAUGCCGGCCCCACGGGCGCCAGGCCUGCCUCCCUUGCAGUAGUGUUGUGCCCAUCACCGCUUCUUGCCCCCACGCUCCUCUGUCCCCUACGGAUGUCCACCUGCCCCAUCGGGCUGCCGUAGCCAAGAAGUGUGACCUACACCUGUAUUCUCUCUCUUUAUUUUUAUUUCCUCCUUCCCUUUCUGUUUUUUAAAAGACAGGAGAGCUCUCUAGGAAGCUCUCCUCCCACUGGUAGUUUCACUGGGUUAAAUUGCAAUAACUUGUUACCUUUUGAUUAAAAGCUGAGAACUCUGACUGUAAUAUAUUCUAUAUAAAAAAUUUAUCUAAGGAAAAAUAAAACCACGGUGGGCUCUUUGC